UUCGGCUAAUAAUGUUCUCCUGCUGCAACCGAGACUUUGCAUUUGAGUUCCAGUUGCUUUAUUUCGGUUUCCGUGCUCAUUAUCGAAGUUCUUUUUGCUUGUUUUAUCCACCCACAUUUAUACUUUCUUUGUUAAUGUCAAAAAUGGUGAAUAACGAAUCGAGGAAAAAAAUAACAGAUUAUAUUAAUAGCCUAACGCAUUGGACCGCAAUAUUUAUCCCGGAAGUGUUAGAUAUUUGUUUCCCCGUACUCAACCUUUCAUUGACCAUUGAUGGGUGUCUGCAUUGAGUGGAUCGGGUGGUGACAAGUGCGAAAUAGCAUCAGCGUUGUUAAAAUUCUUGUUGUGAAAGCCAUUUGCCUAUUUGAAAAUGUUCCAGAGGGUAACUCUUAGUGCCCGAAAGUUUAGGUCAUUACAGGACUCGCAAAGAGCAGUACAGUGCAUUAUUGCUAAGCAUGGAAAAGCUGGUCAGAAAAGUCUAUGCAACACAUUGUGCCUCAAUGACUCAAAACACAGAGAGUUUACAACUUACAGUGACCUGCAAAAGAUGUAUUUAUCAAGCCUUGUGGGGCACACCUACUUUGACAGUGGUGCAGUCUGUCUACACAAUAGUGUGUCUGACAAAUUCAGCAAAGAGGCCAUAGCUGUAGAUGAAAAAAUAUUUAUAAAUCAGCUGAGUAAUUGUAUGUCUUCAAAGCAGGUUUUGAGGCUUCUUGAUACUUUGGAACUCAUCCCUAAUGUAAUUGCUACGAUGGCUCUCCAGAGAAUAGCUGAUUUGGAGCAUGAUGCUGCAUUCAGUAACACAUCAGCCUUGAUGAACAGUAAUUCUUUUAAAGUACUCUGCUUUCAGUUGGAAAAAAAGUCGACGUGUCUUUCAGAUACUUCAUUGGUUACUGCCUUGAGAGCCUGCACCCAACUAUGUGUAGAUCCAUGGAGUACUUUUGUGGUGCGCUUGAUUUCUGAGAGCCAGGAAAGGUUAGAUAGAGGGUUGAUGUCUAUCAAGAAUCUAUGCAGCUUAGGGGAGUCUAUGUUGGCUUUGGAGGGCCCAGGCUGUGUAAUGGUAAAACAGAUUAUGGAACAAAUAAAAAAACAUGACCUUGAACUAUGGACUCCUGAGGAUAUUACCAUGGUAUAUAUUUUGUUCCAGUCUGGAGUUGGAGAAGGUGGUCAAUAUCAAGAUCUUUUGAACUCAAUGAACACCUUUACUAGAUCUAUAUCUUUCAAGAUGACUCCCACAUCUAUAAGUCAGAUAUUACACACACUGGUUGUCCUCAACCAAACGCAAGCCAUGCCUUUAGUUUUAAGCCUUUGCAAACAUUCAGUCAAGAAAGUUGCUGAUUUCUCUGAUGAUGAACUAGUCCAGGUAUUGGGAGCAUUAAUUCAUUUUGGGCAGAGUGAUAGUUAUUUCACAGAAGCCCUGGAGCGUCAUAUUCCAAAGAAGGUUUUCACCAUGCAUCCUGAAGCUGUCAGCAAAGUAAUGCAAUACUGCAGUCAGAGACGGAUCCUUUCACCUCCAAUCUUUGAUACAGUGGCAGAGAGCUUUGUUUAUAAAGCUGACACUUUCAGCACCAGCCAAAUUGCUCGACAAAUCAUGCCAUUUGGGAAGCUCAAUUAUUUACCUCCAAAUGCUGGGGAACUCUUUCGGAAAGUGGAAGGAGUCCUCCGUGACCGUUUCUCCCAGUUUCAGCCUCGCACACUCUUGAAUCUGCUCCAUGCCUGCACGCUUAUUGAAAGAUUUCCUGUAAACUUCCUUGCCAAGGUCUUCAGUCCCUACUUUCUUCAGCAGGUGGAGGCUCAAGGUACUGGACUAGAUAGAACUGUGCUUGCUCAGCUGACACAGCUUUUCAUGACAAUGAAACUGGAAUGUCCUUUCUAUGAGGGUCCACGUCUUCACUCCAAGUACUGGGUAAAGUCCUUUUUGAGCCCUGCUGGUCAAUCUUUGGAGAUCCCUGUGGAUGGAUAUCUUUAUAACAUGGUGAAAAAUGCACUUGUCGAUCUUUUUGGAGCAAGAAUAUACUUUGCUUCGCGUGUUCUGACACCAUACUGCUACACUUUAGAUGUGGAAAUAAAGUUAGACGAAGAAGGUUAUGUGCUGCCAGCUACAUACCAUGAUGAAGUCUAUCAAAGGAUAGCUGUAUGCAUUGAUGGGCAGAACAGAUUUUGUUCCAACAGUCAAAAUUUGUUGGGUAAGGAGGCAAUUAAGCAACGGCAUCUGAAGCUGCUGGGCUACGAAAUUGUGCAGAUACCAUUCUAUGAAUUUGAAAAACUGAAUGGCAAAGAAGAGGCGAUGCAGUAUCUCCAUAAGAAGAUUUUUCCUCACAGUUACAGACACAGUUGGUAAUUUAUGUUUUGGAUGACUGCAUUUAUUGCCCUGCAUGUUAUAAAGGGUUUCAGAAUAAAAGAGCAGGGCUGCUGUUCACUCUGAUGGCGCAUAUAUUAAGUUGCAGUUUGUAAAGUGCUUUGUUAGGCUGCUGAAAACUGUCUACUGUACAUGUGUCAGGUGACUUUUAUUUUAGUUAUUUAUUGUACUAUACUUAAGUCCUAAGGUGAAUAUUUGUGUAUAUAUUAAAUAUAGUUAUUGUAGAUUUAUUUUA